AUGAACCCCCAAGAUACUCCCGGUCCAUUGUCAGAAACACCCCGAGAGAAAUUUCGAACUCCGCGACGACCCAGUCCUCCGGGGACGUCAAAAAGCUCGAAGAGCACCACAUCCAAAAGGCCAGCAUCUCCAAGCGUUUCAGCAUCUGCGAGACCAUGGAAGAGAAGCUCGCUCUCAAGCUCACGAGCGCAAUCGACUCUUACCCAAAUCGACUUCGUGACUCAGACUCCACACUCCGACGAUGACCAGCUCGAUUAUCUCGACGAGACUAAACCGCGCCAAGGUACCAAUACAACUAAUGCACACAAUCGAGCGGACGGUGACUCAGACGAUGAUGCCGACUAUCGACCAUCUUUGCGCCCCACAAAUUUCGAACCCAAUAAAAAUCACCCUACGCAACGAAGAAAAAGCGCAGGAGGCACUCCUCGAGCAUCCGAGCGGGGCCAGAGCAUACGAAAAAGUAUGACACCGAAACCGAGUUUCAAUGGUAAAGGGAGACGAAAGUCUACAGAGAAGCCGCCUGCGAAGCGUGAUAAGACUCUUACGCAAAUGGACUUCGUGCGACGCUACAUUACAAUAGACGAUGACGACGAUGUGAAUAUGGGAUACAUACUGUCGGAGCAUAAAAAUAACCCUCCAGAUGAUGGGCAGCAAGCCAGUUCCAUUAUGAACCAGACGGUUCAUCCGAAACCACCUGCAUCUGUGAAGCGCAAUCGCAGACUUCUCGAACCGGAGCUGGAUCUUUCCACGGGCGAGCCACUCUCUGGGGGUCUUGGUGAUAAUCAGGAUUCAAAUCCGGGGCAUGAAUCCGAAAAUGCAUCAAUGUUAGAUGCGCCGGUCACACCUCAGAAAUCCCGAAAGCUUGAGAUUCCGUCCUCACAGUCGCCAGAAAGCCCGGGGCUGGCUAUAAUAACAUCAUCUCAGUUCCGCGGCGCAACCCGAUCUCCAUUAAAACUAAAAUUUUGGAACGCCGCAUGCCAUCCGGGAAACACCAUCAAAGAGGAGUCUCCCGACCCACAAAGGAAUAUCGAGGAUUCGCAGGACCACGGAGGCGCAUCACUGGUGAAGACAUCAACUCGACCCUCGCCCAGAUUGCUUGAUUCCUUGAAGCAUCACUCGUCACCAGUUAUGCAAAACGAGACUCUGUAUGCACCUUCCACAGAUUCGGGGUCCCAAGCAGUGCUGCCUGGUGGCCCAGAGAUCAAAGUAGAGCGAAAACAAAAAGAAAGAACAGUUGUUUACGAGACCGAUGCGGACAGCGACAACAGCGACUCGGAAAACGACAUGAACAAUGAUCCCGCAACACCAUCUCGAGCUCAUGGACCACGCGCAGAGACACCAGUCCCUACUCGGCACAGCCCGGAGCCAUCAAGCGACGAUUCUCAAGAAUUACCUCUACCAGAUGUCAAACCGUCCGCAGACCCGAACGACGAACUGCCGUCUGAGGCACCGAUGUCAGAUGCUUCUAUGUUCUAUCAAAGGAUGCAGCCAGCAACGCAAUUCCCAUUUGAACCUAUUCCUACCCUAAAUACCCAAAAGCUGUCCGAGCUGUUUCCCAAUUAUGGGAGCACUCAAUACGCCAAACCCGCAACCGCGGGUUCUUCUCAGAAAAUCCCGGGUCCCUUUUUACAGAGCCAAACGCAAAGCCAAGAGGCCGACCAGACCGAGGUUGUGCCGGAGUCAUCUCCCGUUCAUGAGCAAGACGAGAAUAGCGUUGACUCUGGCGCCGUCUUUCAACGACCCCAAGUCCCUGAUUCGGUGGUCCAGGUCGAAUCCUCCCAACCAGUUGAUAGAGACAAUCAUGGACCCGUAGGAGUCUUGUCUCGCAGUCAACUUCUUACAUCGAGUGUCAUGGAAAGUGUUCCGCUCCCCAAUUUCUGGAUGGGAAGUCAGGACAGCGUGGGUGAGCCGUAUAGUUUGCCGGAUCGGUGA